AUGAUUUUUCGCGUUCCAUUACAGCUUUCCUUUAUCGCCCUAUCUCUUGCCCAAACCCAAGGGGCUUCGAAACUCCAAUGGGGCCCGUGCAACAAGACCGAGGUCCCCAGCGAGGUCCCCGUAGACUGCAGCGUCCUGAUGGUCCCACUGGAUUACACUGAGCCGGAUUCCGACGAGAAGUUACAGCUUGACCUCGUCAGGGUCCCCGCCCCUAUUAAGCCUUCUAAAGGGAGUAUUCUCUUCAAUUUCGGUGGACCUGGUGGCACUGGACGAGAUCAAAUAGGUAUUAAGAGCUUGGCGGAUGAGUUGUUGGCGCUUACUGGUCGCCAAUUUGAUCUAAUCGCAUUCGAUCCGCGCGGUACGCAUGGCUCUAAAAUCCCUAUCCAGUGUUUCGAAAACGAAUGGGACGCCUGGUCGUAUGUUCUAGAUCUGGUACCAGCAAAUUCAUCUGAUGUCGAGUUGGGAAAGCAAUGGGCAUAUGCAUCCUCUAUUGCAAAUACCUGCCUCAGGACGCAGAACAAGACCGGGAGCUUGGUUAGCUCUGCCUUUGUGGCGAGAGACAUGAUGCAAAUCGUAGACGCUCUAGGAGAGGAUGGAAUGCUACGAUACUGGGGUUUCUCAUACGGCACAACUUUGGGAGCGACUACAGCUGCUAUGUUUCCCGACAGAGUCGAGCGGAUGAUUCUUGAUGGUGUCCAAAACCCUCACGAGUAUUACCAUGCACAGGCUGAUUUCGAAGAGUUUUCGGAUGCAGAUAAAGAGUUCUCGGCUAUAUUUACGGGCUGCGUCGAAGCCCGCGAGAACUGCGAAUUAGCGAAAGGCAACAACAAGACGGCCGCUGAGCUAGAGCAGGCCGUCUGGGACCUCCUCGACAUCGUCAAGUACAGACCAAUUGCGCUCAAGUCAUUUAUGCUCGAUUACAACAACGUGAAGUCUAUUCUCGUGGAGGCCCUCUACCAUAGUUCUCUUUGGCCAGUCCUUGCUCGGAUACUCAACGGAAUUUUGACCGAGCAGUACGACCUUGUCAACGACCUGUUUGAGGCCCUGAUGCCCACAACCACCACCAUCGAUAUAUUUAAGCAGGCUCAGCAGCCACAAGUACUUUCCGCCAUUCACUGCAGCGACAACAUGGUGCGAAGCAAGACCUUUGAUGACUUCCUUCCGGCUAUCCAGCGUUUAUACAACACUAGCAGGAUUAAUGGAGACAGGUUAAUAUUCUUAUACAGCGCCUGCGCGCAAUGGAAAAUCGAACCGAAAGAGCGAUACACGGGUGACUUCAACGUUAAGACGAAGAAUCCGGUGCUCUUCAUUGGCAACACUUUUGACGGGCUCACAGCACUUGUUUCGGCCAAGAACGUUAGUUCCACUUUCGAGGGUAGUGCUUUGCUCACGGUCGAUGGAUAUGGUCAUUCCUCGUUAGCCGCCCCUUCGGCUUGCACCAUCAGAACGACUUCGGCGUACUGGGCCAACGGUACCCUCCCUUCUGAAGGAAAGGUCUGCGACUCAGCUCCAUUGUACUCAGGUAUUACCUGGGAAGAUAUCAUCCAGGAGGUAUACGGCAACACUACCGCUCCUGCUAAACGACAGGUUCCCCAUCUGUCGAAACUAGGGAACCCUUUAACCCCUUCUUUCAUCCCCAGGUAA